AUGCUACGUGAAGCCGUGCGACGGUUCUCACAGGACGUCGUAGCGCCGAAGGUCCGUGAGAUGGACGAGAACGAGCAAAUGGACCCUUCAAUAAUCACCGGUCUGUUUGAGCAAGGCCUCAUGGGUAUCGAGACAAGUGCCGACCACGGAGGCGCCGAGUCAUCAUUUACUUCCGCCAUCAUCGCCAUAGAGGAACUCGCCAAGAUUGAUCCCUCAGUGUCCGUCAUGUGCGACGUGCACAAUACUCUCGUCAACACCAUCUUCCGCAAAUAUGGCACGAAGGAGCAACAGGACAAGUGGUUACCUCAGCUGGCAGAGUCUAAGCUGGGAAGUUUCUGCUUGUCUGAGCCUGCGUCAGGCUCCGACGCAUUUGCGCUUCAAACUCGCGCGAAGAAAGACGGCGACAAUUGGAUCAUCAAUGGUUCCAAGAUGUGGAUCACGAACUCUCAUGAAGCCGAGAUCUUUCUCAUUUUCGCCAAUAUCAAUCCAAGUGCUGGCUAUAAGGGCAUAACUUGCUUCGUUGCCACAAAGGACAUGGGUAUCGAGAUCGCGAAGAAAGAGCAGAAGCUCGGCAUUCGUGCUAGUUCGACAUGCACUCUCAACUUCGAUGACCUCAAGGUUCCUGCUGAGAAUAUUAUCGGCGGCGAGGGCAAGGGCUACAAGAUUGCUAUAGAAAUUCUCAAUGAAGGCCGUAUUGGUAUCGCUGCACAAAUGCUUGGUCUUGCUCAAGGUGCUUUCGACAAAUCUGUCCCGUACACCUACGAACGCAAGCAGUUCGGACAACCCGUUGGAACCUUCCAGGGCAUGUCCUUCCAGAUUGCCGAAGCUGCCGUGCAGCUAGAGACCGCUCGGCUCUUGACCUACAAUGCGGCGAGGCGGAAGGAAGAGGGCAAAACCUUUACUAAAGAAGCAGCGAUGGCGAAAUAUUGGAGUAGUGUUGUGGCACAGCAGGUGUCGGGGUCGGCAAUUGAAUGGGCUGGAGGCGUGGGUUUCACGAGGGAGACCGGGAUAGAGAAGUACUGGAGGGAUUCGAAGAUCGGCGCAAUCUACGAGGGAACUUCGAAUAUCCAGCUGCAGACCAUCGCUAAGUUCAUCCAGAAGGAAUACUCAUGA